AAAAUUUUUUAUUCUCCUUUUUAAAUUCGCCAUUUGAUUAAUUUAUUUAUUUAAUUCUUCUAAUUAUUUGUGUUCUUAAUUAUUCUUAAUAAUUUAAUUUAUGUGCUUGUGAAAGAAUAAGAAAUUAUAAGUUGUCAAGUUGUCGUUCUCUUGUAUUUGUAACCGUUUUUCGGUUGUUGCAUGUGGUAGAUUCUUUUGGUUUAGUGAACGAUUUUACAAGUCACAUUUUUCUUAUUCGAAGUCCUUAUUAGCUCUUAAUUGUUAUUUUAGUUGUGAUAAAUUGAACUUUUCUACAAUGGGACCUAAGAAACGACAAAUUUCACCUUCACCUUCAACCGAUUCACCGGUUAAAAGUAAAAAAAGUACGACAACUAAUGAAAAUGAAUCUACCGAUUCUAUGAAAGAUGAUAAUUUGGUUACAUCUUCCAGUGUUGAUGAUGUUAAAAGUGAGGCAAGUUUAGUACCUCAUGAAAGAUUAUUUCAAGAGAUUAAUAAAUCUCGUGCUGCUGUUGGUUCUUCUAUUGAAGAUUUUAAGUUCAACAAAAAACGUGUACGAAUGUUGAGUGAUUGUAAGAUCGCUUCAGAUGAUUGUGGCGCUAUCCUUUAUUGGAUGUCUCGAGAUGGUCGAGUUGAAGAUAAUUGGGCAUUAUUAUAUGCCCAAAGACUCGCACUCAAGUUUAAAGUACCUUUACAUGUGUGUUACUGUCUUGUUCCAGUGUUUCUUGAUGCCAGUAUUAGAGGAUUUCACUUUCUUCUUGGUGGCUUAGAGGAGGUUGAAUCUGAUCUACUUGCAAGGAACAUUCAAUUUCAUUUACUUCUUGGCGAACCUCCUAAAGCUGUACCUCAAUUUGUUCGAGAAAAUAACAUUGGUGGUGUUGUUUGUGAUUUCGCUCCUCUCAAGGUUCCCAUGAGAUGGGUUAAUGAAAUUCGUGAUAAAUUACCGGAAGAUAUUCCAUUCUGUCAAAUUGAUGCUCAUAAUAUUGUUCCCUGUUGGUUUGCCUCGGAUAAGCUUGAAUAUGCUGCUCGAACCAUUAGACCAAAGAUAACCAACAAAUUACCUGAAUUUUUAACUCAUUUUCCACCAGUUAUUCAUCAUCCCUAUUCAUCUGAUGUUAAAUACGAGAAAGUUGAUUGGGUUGCUGCUGAAGCAUCUCUACAAUGUGAUAGAUCAGUUAAAGAUGUUGAUUGGAUUAAACCAGGUUAUAGAGCAGCGAUUAAAAUGUUAUCAGAUUUCGUUGAGAAAAAGAUUCGUUGGUAUAAUGAUAAAAGAAAUGAUCCAAGUCAAGAUGUAACAUCGAAUAUGUCACCUUACUUUCAUUUUGGACAAAUUGCCCCUCAAAGAGCAGUUUUAGUUGUUCAACAGUACAAAAAGAAGUACAAAGAAGCCGUUGAAUCUUGGGUUGAAGAGGCUGUUAUUAGACGGGAAUUAGCUGAUAAUUUUUGCUUCUAUAAUCCUAAUCAUGAUUCGAUUAAAGGUGCCCCAGAAUGGGCACAGAAAACUCUUAAUGAUCAUCGAAAGGAUAAACGUCCAUAUGUUUACAGUAAAAAAGAGUUCGAAGAGGCUUUAACUCAUGAUCCACUUUGGAAUGCAUGUCAAAAACAAUUGACUCGUGAUGCUAAACUUCAUGGUUAUAUGAGAAUGUAUUGGGCGAAAAAAAUUCUCGAAUGGAGCGAAUCUCCUGAAAAAGCACUGGAAAUUGCAAUUUAUCUGAAUGAUAAAUUUGAACUUGAUGGUCGAGAUCCGAAUGGUUUUGUUGGCUGUUUAUGGUCAGUUGGUGGUAUUCACGAUCAAGGUUGGGCAGAGAGACCAAUUUUCGGUAAAAUUCGUUACAUGAACUACGAAGGAUGCAAAAGAAAAUUCGAUAUCAACUCUUACAUGGCAAAAUAUAAAACGAUCUCAGCAACUUCUAACCCUUGGACUGCAAGCAAGAAGAAAAAUAAGAAGUAAACUUAUUUUUUUAAUGAUCUCUCGAAAUGUUAACUUUUCUAACAAAUACUCAAAUCCAAUUUCAAUCAAUUUUUUAUUCAUUAAAUUUAUACUUUGGAAAUCAA